AUGAAGCAUUACCAAGGACCUAUGAAGAACAACCUUCUGCUUAUUCGGCCAUCUCCUGUCAUAUCUGAUUUCCGGCCGACGCUGUUUGAAGACGAAUUGAAGAAAUCCCGUUCGCAGUUAUUAAACCUUUCAUCGCAGAUAGUUACUCACGAAUCAAGUGUUGACCACAUGAGAUUAAAACGGAUCGACAGGCAAGCGAAGCAAGAGGCACUGAAAGAUAUGAUGUCCAAAGUGUCUUAUUUUGAAUCACAGUUGGGUAUGGAAACUGUUGGGUUGAACAAACUGAUGACCAAAAACAGGCACAUGCGGGAAGAGAUGGAGAGCCUUCUUCGUGAGAGAGAGAGGUUCAAGCGGCAACUGGAUGAACUCCUUUCUAGGCUCAGUGCUGGCAAGGCCUUCAUACACGAUCUUAUGGAGCAGGGAACUGUUGCCUUUGAACAUAGGGAGGAAGCACAGGGAAAACUGUUACUCCUACGGAGGAAGAGAGUGGUCUUGCAGGAGAAACACGGGCAAGGGAUGCGAGAUCUGGAAAGAGAACUGGAAGACAACAUCAGGAGCGCUGUCUUCAUGACAAAGAAAGGCCAAGAACGAGGAGGAAACGCAGCGCGUGCCGAAGAGGAGGAAAAUAAGCGGCAGUUGAUGCAAGGUGAGGUGAGGAGGCUGGAAAAGGUGUUGGAGAAGAUACUUGACUAUUUCCCGGAUAUCUCCGACCCCAACGCAAUGGCCGAUCUGUAUCUGGUACAAGAGGACGAGAACUUCGCCAUCUUCAAUUAUGUUAACGAAGUCAACUGUGAGGGAAAAUGUCAUUGCAGUGGUUACAAACCGAUCCUGCUUCAAAAACUUGUGACAACAUUAUAG